UCAUUUCCUCGUAGCAUCAUGGCGGACGGACAUUGCAACAAUAACCAUUUACCGGUUUUGUUUUCAUAUUCCGUCUUCUCGCGUCCUUCAUCCGUGCCCGUGGGGUCUGGGCACGAAGUCUUGAUCCAGAAAUUUCUGUCACUAUAUGGUCACCAAAUUGACGUCCAUCGUAAAUUUGUUAUCCAGUCGUUCUCCGAGGAAUGGGGACAGUACAUUGAUUUGCCGAAGGGAUUCUCCGUAUCUGAGAAAUGCAAGCUUCGAUUAGUUCCUCUACAAAUGGAUAUCACUACUCUGGGGAACCUUGCUCCUUCCACUACCAUGUUCUUUUGCUGUGACAUGCAGGAGAGGUUCAGGCCAGCCAUCAAGUACUUUGGUGACAUCAUCAGUGUGGGACAAAGGCUGCUCCAAGGGGCUCGUAUCCUUGGCAUCCCAGUCAUCGUGUCGGAGCAGUACCCUAAAGGGCUUGGCGCCACCGUCCAGGAGAUGGACCUCACCGGUGCCAAGUUGGUCUUCCCCAAGACCAAGUUCUCCAUGUUGCUGCCGGAGGUGGAGGCUGCACUGGCGGAGGUCCCUAGCGUGCGCAGCAUCGUGCUGUUUGGAGUGGAGACCCAUGUGUGUAUACAGCAGACUGCACUUGACUUGACUGGCCGAGGCUUUGAAGUCCAUAUUGUUGCUGAUGCCACUUCAUCCAGGAGCAUGAUGGACAGGAUGUUUGCUCUGGAGCGAAUGGCUCGCACUGGUAUCAUCGUCACCACCAGUGAGUCAGUGCUGUUGCAGUUGGUGGCAGAUAAGGAGCACCCCAAGUUUAAGGAGAUCCAGAACCUCAUCAAAGCCAGUGCCCCUGAGUCUGGCCUCCUCUCCAAGGUGUGAGGGCUCCAGGGGUGGUAGGAGGUGGAGGGCGGUGGUGAGGUAGCGGGGAGGGUGAGGGGUAAAUGCCACAUGAGGAUCCUGUUAGUGGGAGAGUUAAGAAUAGAAUGGAUAAAUGGAAAAUGUCAGCUUUGUCAGUCUCAGAGGCCUCAGACUCCACCCCACUGCAGGCUCUCUCCCACACCCGAGAGAAGUCAUUGUUUGUGUUUUGAUCCGAGGUCAAUUCGAUGUAAACCAGAUGUGUUCGCUUCAUUAAGAAGUGUCUGCAGUCUCUUGAACACAAGUUAGUUUAGCGCAGGAUGGUGAUCGAUGUGUUCAUUCGGGGGUGAUGGGGCAGAGAACGAUGAAUCAGACUCGGAGGGAUGCUGCCAAGGUUGGGACAGAGAACUACUGAAGGAGGAGGAGGAUUUAAGGGAGUGGAGGUUUUGGGAGAGCAGGAUGAAUCUUUCACAUUUGAUCAGUAGAGCUGUACUUUAUUGUUGUAUUCUCUUGUUUUGUUUAUGUUUGGUUUGUUUUGUUCUGUUCUGAGGGGUAUCCCAGCUGUGUGAUUUAGGAACAAAGCUGGGUAGGUUAAAUGGUUAGGCCAAACAAAGCCACAUACUAGCUCUGCUAUUAGGAGGUUUACCACGUACUCUGAGGUAACCUACCCAGGGUUGUUAUUAAACCACACACUUAAAAUAUCCUAUCCUGCUAAGGUAUUGUUAUUUGAACAUGACAUGAAAUUAUCUGAAUAUUUGUUCUCGCAUUUUGGUAAUUGUUACUUAUUUAAAGGAACACGCCAAGGUUUUGGGAUAAGAGCUUAUUUAGCGUCUACCCCAGAGUUAAAGGAGCGAUUUGUUGGAUUGUUACCGAACGUUCUGUAGGCCAAAAUCAAAACACUGAUGAACAUUCUCAAGACUACCAGACGCAAGCCUCUUCUGGGUUGCCAGAUGUAAUUAAGAC